GGGCGGGCAGGCCCGGAGCGGGGCAGUACCACCCCUCCGCCGCCAGGGGUCGCCCUUCGUGGAGGUGCGCGUGCCCCCUUGGUGCGCACGCGCACGCGGAGAUUCACCCCCCCUCCUUCCCACCCAACCCCCGGCACCGCCACCACUCGGCGCACGCGCGCCGGGUCCCGCCGGGGGGGCGCGGCCCGCUGAGGUGGCGGUGGCGGGAAGAUGGAGGCGGCGGCGCUCGGCGGGUCGGUGCUGCCGGGCGGCCUCGUCCUCCUCCUCGUCCUGCUGCUGCUGGCGGCCGCGCUGUGCCGCGCCGCGCCGCCGGACGGUGAGUACCGCGGGCACGGCCGGGGGGCCGGGCCGGGCCGGGCCGGGCUGAGCCGCGCUCCGCUCCCCGCAGGCGCCGGGGCGAGCGGCGCCGCCAGGCCGGAGGAGCCCAGGAAGGCGAAGCCGGCGGCAAGGGCCCGGCGGGACAAGUCGCAGCAGCAGCAGCACAGCUUCGCCCACCGGCUGCUGGUGGCCGCCCUCAAGGGCCACAGCGGCUCCGUCUCCUGCCUGGACUUCAGCAGCAACGGCAAGUACCUGGCGUCGUGCUCCGACGACCGCACGGUCCGUCUGUGGAGCACCCGGGACUUCGCGGCGCGGGAGCACCGCUGCCUGCGUGCCAACGUGGGGCUGGACCACGCCGAGCUCGUCCGCCUCAGCCCCGACUCACGGGCAUUCAUUGUUUGGCUGGCAAACGGCGAGACUAUUCGUGUCUAUAAAAUGACCAAGAAGGAUGAUGGCAGCUUCACCUUCACUGCAACUUCUGGGGACUUCCCAAAGAAGCACAAGGCUCCCAUCAUUAACAUAGGAAUUGCAGAGACAGGGAAGUUUAUCAUGACAGCUUCCAGUGACACUACCAUCCUGAUAUGGAGCCCGAAGGGUGAAGUCCUAGCCAGCAUUAACACUAACCAGAUGAACAAUGCCUACGCCAUGGUGUCACCCUGUGGGAGGUUUGUGGCAUCCUGUGGCUUCACCCCCGAUGUGAAGGUGUGGGAGGUGUGUUUCAACAAGAACGGAGACUUCCAGGAGGUGGCCAGGGCUUUCGAGCUGAAAGGCCACACUGCUGGCAUACAUUCCUUCUCCUUCUCUAAUGACUCGAGGAGGAUGGCGACCGUUUCGAAGGAUGGGACAUGGAAGUUCUGGGACACAGAUGUGGAAUAUAAGAAGCAACAGGACCCAUACCUGCUUCUGACUGGGAAAUGUGAGGUGACGGAGCCUUGUCGCAUCGCCCUGUCCCCCGAUGCUCGUGUCGUCGCUAUCUCUAGUGGCACAGACAUUGUCGUGUACAACACGAGGAGAGGGGAGGAGGAGGAACGCUUCCUUGGCGUGCAUGGACAAUGCAUAACAGACUUGGCUUUUGACACCAACAGCCGCUACCUGGUGUCGUGUGGGGACCGAGCCAUCCGUGUCUUCCACAACACCGCUGGUCACCGGGCAGUGGUGGAGGAGAUGGAGACCAUGCUGAAAAAAACUGGGAAUAAAGCCACCCAAGAGAGGCUGGAGCAGCAGAUCUCCAGCGCCCGCAAAGCGCUGGCGGCGAUCUAUGGCAGGAAGCACUAAUCUCCCCGCAUGUCCCGGCUUAGCCGUUGCGUUCUGCCUUUGGGGACUUUUUUUUUUUUUUUUUUUUUAAUAACUGAACAACUUUUAAUAAAAGAGUGCACAGAC